AAACCUUUUUCUUGGAAAUAACGGAAACUUUACGGGGGUUCCCCGAAAUGAUCCUUUUGUGUUUACUGUAGACGUUGUCUUGGUAAGAAGUUGGGCCGAAAGGAAGAAAGCGAAUUAGACGCACGCUUUAUUCGUUCGUACAGCGAACUUAGCAAUGAGCAAGGUAGCCAUUCCUCUGGUGUUACCCAACAACUGUACCUGGGAUGCACAGACUGGAACAUAUGACAAGAAGAAAGGUGUUGGUCGAGAAACGUUGAAUGCCAUUCCCAAAGCACUAGACCAAUUGAGGGAGAUCAAGGGACCUGUAUGUGUUGUGUCCAUAGCUGGUCCUUGCAGGAUGGGAAAAUCCUACAUAUUGAGCAAGGCGUUUGACCAAGGGGAGGUUUUCCCAUUGGGUCACUACAUGGAUCCAGAGACCAUGGGAAUAUGGCUGUGGAUUGUACCCCAGAAAUUCCAAGACAGCACUGGUCGUGACUUCACCGUGAUCCUGCUUGACUCUGAAGGAGUUGACUCUGUUUAUGCCAAGCAAGCAGAUGAUCACAGGAUCUUUACAUUAUCUGUUCUCUUGUCAUCCAUAUUGAUCUACAAUUCUGCUGGUGUGCCCAACCGCUCAGACCUCGAGGGUCUAGACUUCAUCGUGAAACUUUCCCAGCGAAUCCAAUUGUACAACAAGAAGAAGAAUGCAACAGAUAAAGACGAGAGCCAUUUCUACGAGGCAUUUCCCAACUUCAUCUGGCUUUUGAGAGACGCGGUUCUCCGUCUCCCAAAAAAGUUUCAAAGCGUAAAGGAGUAUUUUUUGAAAAAAGUGUUAAAUGCAGACAACGAAGAAUUAAACAAGGAUGCCAGGAAAACAGCAGAUAGUAUCCUCAAUUUCUUCUCAGGAUUUGAUGCGUUUUCUCUCCCGCCACCUUCGCCGGAUCCCGAGGUUGUCACCAAUCUUAACGAUAAGAGUCUGGAAUCGCAAGUUAACCCUCAGUUUUUGAAGGAGGUCCAGGCCUUCAAGAAGAUGUUACAUUCCAAACUGUCCCCCAAGAAAUCCAUCAAUGAAGGAGAAUUUGUGACUGGGGAAGCCCUGGCUGCUCUUAUUCAGCUGUUUGUCGAGGCUCUCAACACUCCAGGCACCGUACCCAACGUAGAGAACGCGUGGGACACAUUUGUGCAUAACAAAUGUGCUGAGGUGUUGGCUGCAGCCCUUGCUGCCUAUAAACAGGAAAUGACGUCACAAAUGAAAGAAAAGAUCCCCUGCGAAGCUGACGUGAUUAGGGCUGCACAUCUGAAAGCAAUGGACGCUGGAUUUGAAACGUUUCGCAAGGAAACGUUCAACUUGUCAAUCAAAAGUGUUGAUAAGUAUUUGAAUGAACUCAGGGAAAAAGCUGACGUCAUCCUGUCCGAGUGGAUAGAACAAAAUACACGUGAAACUGAGGCCUGUUGCAAUCAACUUCUCAAAGAGCUCAAACAAAGCAUGCUGGAUCCAGUGCUUAAACGUCUUCGUGGUCCUGAAGCAUCAAAGAUGCAGUUUAGUGACAUCGUCAGUGCAUACAAUCAAAUCCAGGAAAGCUACGCAGCCAAAGCACGUGGAGCAAAGGAUGUUCAGGCCACUGUGUUCAUGAACUUCCAUCCGGAAUUAAAAAGCGAGAUGGAAAAGAACAUUGAUAUUCUGCAAAGAAUGAAAGACUUUGACGCGUCUUUGGCAAGAGAGAAGGCAGAGAAGUCUGCGCUUGAAGAACAAAGGCUAAAGCAAAAGGAGGAUGUAGCUCGCCUAGAAAAAGAAAAGCAAGUUAAAGAAAAAGAGUUGGUUCUUCUACAAAAGAAACAGGAAGAAGAAAGGAUAAGACUUGAACAGAUGUUUGAGAAAAAGUUAAAAGAACACAAAGAACAGAUGGACAACAUGCUGCAGGCCAACUUUGAAGUACGAGAGCAAGAAAGAAAGGAUGCGUUGGCUCGCCAAAAGCCUAUGGAAGAUAUGCUUGAAGUCUUGAAAGAAAAAGUGGAAACAAGAGAUGGAAUGAUUAAUAUGCUAAGAGAAGAGAUAAAACAGCAAAGAGAGGCUGGUUUGGCGGUUCAAGAGAAAAUGCUUCAAUUAACUAUUCAGGCAAUGCAAGAAGGGAAGGAUGAUGAUGAUAGUGAUAGUGAUAGUGAUAGUGACAGUAGUGGUAAUAGUUGUGCAAUUAUUUAAGUUUUUCAGUUAUAGUUUUUAGUGAGUAAUAGUAAGUUGCUUUUAUUUCACGUUUUCGUACUAUUUAAUCACUUGAAUUUAUGAAAUUUAAAAUGCUCACUUUUCUAAUUUUGUAUUUAACUGCAAUCAGGCCAACCGAUUGAUCUCGAUUUCUCAUCAUCACUGGUUACUACAUUGAUAAGCGAAAAUAUUGUAAAAAUAGUUUGUCAGAGACCGAAAUUAAAGCAUUUUGUGGAUA